ACGUACACAGCUGUUCAGAUACCAGUGGCGGGAAAGGAAAACUGUACUCGCGCCAUGAAUAUAAGGCAAAAAUUCAUUGUUACUCAUUUCAUUGAGCUAUAAAGAUCCUAAACGUGCAGAACUCGAAUUAUAUAUCGGCACUUAGUUAAUUUUAAUUUACGCUCUUGCAUUUCAACUAGUGAAAAGUAACACCAACAACAACAAUCAAAAUGGCUCAGUCUCAAAUUGCCGGCAAAGAAAACAUUACUGACAACAUGGAAAAGUUCUCGCUAAAGAGCCCCAGCAAGAAAAUUCUGACAGAGAACGCCACAAAUGUUCGUAAAAUGUCCAUACCGAACGAAGACAAUAUCAGUGGCAUUAAAGAAGCCACCAACACCGCCAAGGGAACAAUUAUGGAGAAGGUCGCAGCCCCGUUUGAUCCAUCGAUAGAACCUCUGCUCCGUGAGAAUCCGCGCCGCUUUGUAAUCUUCCCCAUUCAAUACCACGACAUUUGGCAAAUGUACAAAAAGGCCGAAGCAUCAUUCUGGACUGUGGAGGAGGUGGAUCUAUCCAAGGACAUGACGGACUGGGUACGCUUAACAGACAAUGAGCGUCAUUUCAUUUCACAUGUGUUGGCUUUCUUCGCCGCCUCCGAUGGCAUUGUUAACGAGAAUCUGGUUGAGCGCUUUAGCCAGGAAGUGCAGAUUACAGAGGCGCGCUGCUUCUAUGGUUUUCAGAUUGCCAUGGAGAAUGUACACUCAGAGAUGUACAGUGUGCUAAUCGACACUUAUAUCCGAGAUCCUCAUCAGCGCGAUUAUCUCUUCAAUGCUAUUGAAACAAUGCCGGCUGUAAAGCGUAAGGCGGACUGGGCGCUCUCUUGGAUUUCAUCCAAGGCUGCCAACUUUGGGGAGCGCAUUAUUGCCUUCGCUGCCGUCGAAGGCAUCUUCUUUAGCGGCAGUUUUGCCUCCAUCUUCUGGCUUAAAAAGCGUGGCCUAAUGCCCGGUCUGACUUUCUCAAACGAGCUCAUCUCCCGUGAUGAGGGGCUGCAUUGCGACUUUGCGGUUAUGAUGUUCCAGCACCUGGUGCAGCGUCCCAGCCGUGAACGCAUCAUUGAGAUCGUCUCGGAUGCUGUGACUAUUGAGCAGGAGUUUCUCACUGACGCUUUGCCUGUAAAUCUGAUUGGCAUGAAUUGUGCGCUGAUGUCCGAAUAUAUUGAGUUCGUGGCCGAUCGCUUGUUGGUGGAGCUCGGUGUCGGUAAAAUAUAUAACACAAAGAAUCCAUUUACUUUCAUGGAAAUGAUUUCAUUGGACGGUAAAACCAAUUUUUUUGAGAAGAAAGUGGGCGAAUAUCAGCGCAUGGGCGUGACAUCAAAUCGGUUGGACAACGUAUUUACACUCGAUGCAGAUUUCUAAAGUCGUUUAUUAAACGCUAUCCUCACAGCUGCUGGUUCCGGGUGUUAUUUUAGCCAUUGCAACUAAAUUUACAUGUAUCCUUAACUCUUUUUCUAUAGUUUUACAUUUUAAGCUUAUUACCCGACGCAAACCCAAAAUUAUCACCAAUGUCAUUCCACUAAAACGAGAACAACUAAUGCAAUCACUUGACAUUUAUAUAUUAAUCUUGCUUAUUUUACUUAUUCUAAUUAUCGUUGUAAAUAACAUUUAAAAUAAAUUUGUAGUAGAUAUACAUUAAAAUUCAAAUAUCUUUUAUUUAAUAAAAUAAUAAUAAUAUGGCGCAGUUAGCUAAAACU